UUCAGAAGUUCUAACCAUGAACCCCAGACUCAGAUGUCCAUCUCUUAAUUGCCUGAUAAGUCUAGGCAAAACCCUAGCAAUCUCAGGGAUAUUUCUGUACUUAACCUUCGUAAUCUUCUUCCCCCAAUCCUACUGGUCAGCUUCGGAGUUCUUCUCCCCCUUGCAACAAGUAUUUGCACCUUCCCAAACUACCCCUCCUCCCCAUGAUGAUUCUCCGGCGGCCACCAACAUUAGCCACCUUGUUUUUGGACUGGUGGGUUCCCUCAAAGCAUGGAGACACAGAAAGGCUUACAUAGAAUCGUGGUGGCGCCUGAACGUGACGCGCGGAUACCUAUACCUAGACACCGCCCCCACGGAGGAGCUCCUCCCUUGGUCGGCCGCAUCUCCACCGCUCCGUGUCUCCGAUGACAUCUCCAAAUUAGUGCAAGAGUCGGGACAUGUGGCGCCUAUCAUGGUUCGGAUGGUGCACGCGAUUUUGGAGAUUUAUAGAGAGGGAGAUCAAGGAGUGAGAUGGUAUGUGAUGGGAGACGAUGACUCAAUCUUCUUUGUUGACAAUUGGGUGGAUGUUCUGGCAAAAUACAAUCACACUAAGUACGUAUACAUUGGCGGGCAUUCGGAGACUCUUCGAUCAAACUUUUUGUUCUCAUUUGAUCAGGGAUUCGGUGGUGCUGGUUUCGCAUUGAGUUACCCUUUGGUUUCAGCAAUGGUGAAAGAUUUGGAAGGUUGUCUCAAGAGAUAUCCAAACUUGACUUCAGCUGACUUGAUGACUCAGUAUUGUGUUGAUGAGCUUGGUGUUCCUCUCUCUGCUGAGAGAGGCAUUCAUCAGAUAGAUCUUAAGGGGGACAUAUCAGGGUUUCUAUCAUCUCAUCCACAAGCACCAUUGAUGUCCCUCCACCACUUUGACAGGGUGGACCCAAUCUUUCCCUCCAUGGAUCGUUUUCAGUCUGCGAACCACCUAAUGAAAUCUGCCAAAGUGGACCAGUCGCGGCUACUCCAACAAACCAUCUGCUACCACAAGCCAACCAACUGGUCCUUCUCUGUCUCAUGGGGCUACUCUACACAUAUUUGCGAGAAGGUUAUCCCCAGAACAAUUUUGAAGAGGCCACUGGAGACAUUUAGGCCUUGGGGAAGGGCUUGA